AUGAAAGAGGCUCAAUCUCGGCAGAAAAGUUACGUUGACAAGCAUCGAAAUCAUUUAGAGUUCCAAACGGGUGAUCACGUCUUCCUAAAAGUUUCACCGUUACGAGGUAUUCGUAGGUUUGGAAUUAAAGGUAAACUUAGUCCGAGAUAUAUUAGACCUUUUGAAAUCCUUGAACGUGUUGGAAAGGUAGCAUAUCGCCUAGCGUUACCUCCUCAACUAUCACAUAUCCAUAACAUUUUCCAUAUCUCGUUGCUCCGCGGAUAUCAUUAUCACCCUCUCCAUGUGAUUGAUUAUCCGUUGGACAAAGUUGAAAAAGAUCUCUCUUAUAUUGAAGAACCAGAGGCGAUAAUUAAUAGAGAAGAGAGACAAAUGCGACGAAGGUCAAUACCGUUCGUUAAAGUGUUAUGGCGAAAUCAUUCUGAGCGAGAAGCCACAUGGGAAACGGAAGAAUAUAUGCAGAAGGAGUACCCUUAUCUUUUUGAGUCAUGUAAAUCCUCUAACCCUAUCUAA